AGCUUCUUACUGUGGCCAAUUUACAUUACCAACUCGCUUCUAACAGAGUUGUUUAUAAGAACUUUGCUCUAAGCAUGGCGCUUACAAUCUAAAUGAACAAGAUCACGAUUUAGCUAAAAGUUGUGUUCAUGUCAACAAACAUUUUUAAAACGCCAGUGCCUAACACAACACGUGACUUGUUUUGAAUUUUUUUGAUAGGUGAUCGCGAUUGUUUUUUCGAUGAACCUCACCCUGAUGUUAGCUGUUCUGAGAAUCAGCACGGAAGUGAUUUUGCCGAUUCCUGGAAGGAGAGAGAGAGAUCGAUCAAGCGAAAUUUCACAACUAAGAAUGUGAUCACUAGACUAUGUGUUUACCGUCCAUCAUUAUCACUCGAUUUUUUGGCUAUAUUUUCAAGUGGAUAAUUUUUGUAUUCGUGCAAUAAUAUUGGAUAAGCUGGAAGUUUAAUUAAAGCGUUUCGAAUUCAAGUUUACCAGUUUAAGGUGAGCUGAUUAUUUCAACACAAGAUAUACCAUUAUACCUGAAACAAAGUUGAACAUGGCAGCCAAGUUUCCUGAGGAAGAUAUUGCCGAUGAGUCCCCUAUAAAAGGUGAGGAAAGCGAUUCCAAAAAUGACGAUGCACCAAGUGAAGCUAAAAUUCAUGAUAACUUGCUGCAGCUGAGAACUGAAACUCCUUGGAAGAAGGUGGAAAAACGGCAAAAGGGGACAAGGACAUACGAGCCCAGCAGUGCCCCACAGACCCGGGGAGGAAGAGGUCAGCACAGCACUUCAAGAGGUGGUAGAGUACAAAGGGGACGAGGACAUGAUCGAGGCCCUAAGCCGACGCGAGGAAGAGGUGGAGCACUUUUUUCUAAGCUCGAUAAACAUGAUUGUGUGGAUCAACUCUACUGCUUCCAUUCUUCUAAUUUUUCAGAGCCCAGCAAUGCCCAGCAGACCGGGGGAGGAAGAGGUGGUAGAGCCCAAAGGGGACGAGGACAUGAUCGGAGACCUACACGAGGAAGAGGAAAUGGCGUCUUCUCCCGAUCGAGUGACCGAAAUGGGUACAUAUUGAAGGACGUUAGGUACGAGAGAAACAAACUCUACGUGUUGGGCUUACACCAUAGAGUGACUAAGGAAUGCUUACUACACUAUAUUGAAAAGAUUAGCAACUAUGAUGUGAAGCAUAUCCUAUGGUUUAAACCUAACGGUAGAGCCAUUGUGACCCUGGAUCCAGAAACUAUAGAUUUUCAGAGGAUUUGCCGAGAGGCCCAGAAAAGGCCACUAACCCUCAAUAAGGAAAGGAAGGAUGACGUCAGUGAUGUACUCAUUGAAAGAGCACCAGUUUGCAAGAGUAUAUUUGUUCGUGGAAUUCCCUUGAAUACGCCAGAGGAGGAAAUCGAAAAUCACUUUGAAAAACUUGGAAUAGUGGAGAAGUUUUGCUUCAACACUAAAGAAGUGAAAGAAAGAAGAGCCAAGGAAAUGAGAGCAAUAGUAUACUUUAAGAGUGAAAAAAGUGUAAAGAAGAUUGUCGAUAAUGAUAACUUUCUUGAUGGCACCUUACUGGCUGUGGAGAGGUACUAUCCUUUCAUGGGCACCGUAGAACCUGUUGACUCCAAAAUUCCACAAUAUACCGAGAGCAAGAUUCCAUUAUGCGAAGGUCCUUAUUUCCGGAUGGUUGUAGAUCAGGAUACCAUUGAAUUUGUCAUGAGUAAGAGCAACCGCGGGCUUGAAUUACAAGAAAAGCUCAGUGCAGAGCGAGCAAACAUAAAUUGGACCAAUAAAGAUGGAUAUGUGCUGGUCAAAUACAAUUCCAAGGGUCACAAAAGAGACAACGAAUUUGACGAUCAGGAUUGGGAAGAACGUUGUCGCCACAUCCUUAGUGAUCUUCUGGAUCGAUUCACUUUGAAAGACAUUCCAGUCGAGAAAGAAAUCUGGAAACAAGUUAUCAAUGAGUUACCCCAGAUUGAGAGUUUGUUUCCCAACUAUUCAGCUCAAAUAAAAAAAUUUGAUGAUCUCGAGGAGCUAAGAUUGAUCUGUCUCAAAACAGAUAUGCCAGAGUUUGAAAAGAAACUUUUAAAUCGAAUUGAAGAAGUAAAACAAGCGGAGCUGGAGAAGACUCUUGAACACAAAACGUUGACAAACUUUCCUAUUGUGAUUCUCAAGCUUAUGGAAAUGGUUGGCAUUCAGAGUAUUUUAAAGGAAAAUGUCCAUCAAGAUAUUCAAACCAGAAUAGAGCUAGCACAAAAAAGUAUUUUCAUCAAGACACCUCAAGGCCAGAUGUCAGCUGCAGUCGCGUAUCUUCGAGAACGCGAAAAAGAAGUAAAGCAGAAUUCAACGCAAAGCCCUCCAGAAAUUAUUGGUAUCUUAAAGACAAAAGUUGGAAAACGUAAGUUGAAUACUGAAUUCAAGGAAUCCAACCUCCAUUGUACCUUCAAUAUCGAUGAGAGCAACAACAAGAUUCUGUUCUUGGGAAGAGCUCCUGAAGACACAGUUAGAGGCCGUAAAGUGGCUGAGGCGACGCUGAUCACUGGCAGACUUCACAUCAAAGAUAGAGACAACGAUAUCCUGCAAUCAGACGAAUGGAAACAACUUUGCCGCAACUUUGAAAAACGUUCUAAAGUUCGUUGUCAAAGAGGGUCAGUGACAGAAUUUCAUGUUUUUGGAUUCAAGAAAGGCGUCGAUGAAGUUGUAAAAGCAUUGACUAAAUUUUUAAACGAGAAGAAAGCGAAGGAAGGAGAAUUCAGAUUCAAUUCGCCGGUCCAUCAAAGACUGUUCCGUGAAUUUUACAAAGAUGAGAUAACGAAACUUGAAGAGAGCCUUUCGUUGUAUUCAGUAAAAAUUUCUUGGGAGGAAAAUGGAGAUAUGCAUUUCACUGGGGCUGUUGAGGGCGUGAAGGAAGUUACGAACAAAUUGAAUGCUAUGCAGGACGAUAUAACAGAGGAAACUUUUAAGGUUAUCUUGCCAGGGAUGCGAAGUUUCCUGGCGAAAAACAAAGGGGAAGUCGUCGGAGUUGUAGAAAAAGAAAAUGAGUGCGUCAUCGAAAUACAAGAGUGUAUGGGAGAAUGGCAAGACCCGGAUGACGUUGAUGAAACUUCGAGCAUAAGUUCUGAAGAGGAAGCCUUUGAUGAAGAUGAUGACACCAUAGUAACCCAGGAAGGCAAGAAGAUUAUCUGGAAAAUUGGAAAAAUUGAGGAAGAAGAGGCGGAAGUAUUAGUGUGUUCAGUUGGCUCAAAUUUGAAGUUGUCCAUCGGCGCAGUGGCGCGAGCUUUCAACGAAAGUCUGAAGACGAUUUCUAUUCCAGCAAUUGGUAGCGGUGGCUUAGGUUUAAGUCCACAGGAUUCCGCCGAGGUAGUUAUAGGGUCACUUCAAGAGGUAAACCUUGGCACAGUACGUUCAAUAAGAAUUGUUGUCAUAGAAGAUUCUGUGAUAAAUGUCUACGAAAGGAAAUUGAAACUAAUGAAAGCUGAACUCUGUUGCACUCCUGGUUACACGAAAUUAGAUGACGACGAGGAGGGGGGAGCUGAUGCCACAUCGAUGUCCUGGUGCUAUCACCAUAACGUGACUGUGUACGGGCGAAGCAAGCGCCUUGCGGAGGCAAUACCAAGUUUGAAAGACAAAGUCAUCAGAGAAUGCCCGCCCACUGAUAUUAUAGAGGACGUCAUCGAACGUCUGUCAAGUCGCUGUCGAAGGCAUUUGAGACGGAAGGCUCGUGAAGAGGACGUGGGUCUUGACUUCUCCAAACAAGGAACCAUAACACUGACAGGCUUUUCCACAGAUGUGAUUAAAAUGCAUACCGAAGUAACGAAAGUUCUUCAAGAACAAUUGAAGAACGAACACAUAAUGGAACGGGCAGAGAUGAUGUCGCGUAAUGUUCAAUGGUGUUUCUUAACUGCGGAUGGUAAAUAUGAGCCAUUUGAGAAGAUGGCUAAUUACGAAAUCGAAACAGCACAACAGUCAAAUGAGCCAUCUGUUUACUUCACUCAUAGGAAAUGGCAAGCCAAAAUAGUUUUCGCUCAGGAAACCGUCACCUUUAAUAUAACUGGGGCAGUGAGGAAGGUCUUUCGUAGGGAUGUGUUGCCACUCCCAAAGAACUGGGACUGCCACCCCUUAGAUGCCAAGAAGAGAGAAAUGAAGGUCCAUUCAGUGCGUCUUGAUGCUGAUUCACCGGAGUACAAAUACGUUAAUGAGAAAUUCAUGGAAUCAAUUUCCGAGAAUGUAUGUGUAACAAGUAUUCAGAGGAUCCAGAACCCAUCAAUGUAUCGUUCCUAUGCCACGAAAAAACAAAGUAUGGACGAGAAAAAUGGAAACCACAGAAACGAGUGGUACCUAUUCCACGGUACAGCAUAUCGUAACGUCAAGGACAUAAACGCACAUGGGUUAAAUCGAAGCUUCUGUGGUAGGAAUGGUGCGACUUAUGGAGAUGGUGUUUAUUUCGCGACUGAGUCUUGCUACUCUUUAUCUUUCUCGAAGCCACCCAACAGCAAGGGAGAGUACUGCAUGUAUCUUGCAAAAGUGCUAGCGGGUAAAUACGCAGAUGGCGAGAAAGGGAUGAGGCAACCACCACCCAUUGACCAAGAGAGACUUGACCUUCGAUUUGAUUCGGUGGUAGACAACUCAGACGAUCCUUCUAUAUUCGUCAUAUUCCAUGACGAUCAGUGUUAUCCUGAAUACCUUAUUACCUUUACGCGGUCAGCCGACGGUUACGCUGCAACGUAAAUUAAGUUUUACGUACCUCGGGAGUAACUGGCGUAAACAAACCAAAAAAAGCUUUGGAUAACUUGCGUAAAAGUGACACAUACAGUGUGUAAACAAAAUUGUUUUAUUAUCCAAGAUGGUAUUUUGUUUCAUCACACUUUUAAGAACAGAUUCAUGCAAGAGCGCUUUCCCUAGGGUGCAGGAAACUAAUUCGUUAAGGUUAUUGAAAGAAAUUAGAGUACUGCGGUGACUCGUCACAAAUUAAAUGGUGGUGCUUUGUGACUUUUGUAGGCCAGAUCAAGCGUUCCGUUAGAGACUUAAUCUUUGUGAAUAUUUUUCGAAAUGUAAAAUGACACGAUUAAAAGAUACAUUUUUGACGUUUGAAAUGGACGGUUCGGUAAGAAGUUAUGGAAAAUGUUGUGGUUCAUGGAGGUUUCGUAGACAAAUGAACCGUUUAAUCGUUUCAUA